ACGAUGCUCUAGAUUAGAUUAGAGCCAUUCACCUGGUAGGCAGUUGUCUAUGGCUGCUCUAAGCGCAUCGUGCCUCGUCGGUCCCGUCCCAUUCAAGGACGUCGCCACCGCCGUCGAUGGCCACAGCUCCACACCCGAAGAGUACGAGGACAUCGUCUCCGGCCUGCCCAGCAGCACCGCGCUAGGCAUGGUCCUGCGCCAAUACCGUGGCUCCUGGGUGAUCCAAGAAAGAGUCACGGCGUUCAUCUCUCUCCAGCGACGCUUCACGCCACGCCCCGGGGACGUGCUCCUCGCGAGCCCGGCCAAGUGCGGCACGACCUGGCUCAAGGCGCUGGCGUUCGCCACCAUGGCGCGGGGCGCGUACCCGCCCACCGACGCGCAGCACCCGCUCCUCCGCAUGAACCCGCACGAGUGCGUCCCCUUCAUGGAUGAGCUGUUCACCGCCGGGCAGGACGCCAGGCUUGAGGCGCUGCCGUCGCCUCGCCUCAUGCACACGCACAUGCAUCAUUCCUUGCUGCCUGCCUCCGUUACUGAUAACCCCGACUGCAAAAUCGUCUUCAUCUGCAGGGACCCCAAGGAUAUGCUUGUUUCCUUGUGGCAUUUUGUCAAAGGUGUUCGUCCUUUCACGUUUGAUGACCUGUUCAACUCUGCCUGCGAGGGGAAGACCCCCAAUGGUCCCAUAUGGGACCACCUCAUCGGCUACUGGAGCACAAGCAAGACCAGCCCGGACAAUGUCCUUUUCCGGUACGAAGAGAUGCUCAUCGACCCGGUCGGCCACGUCAGGGAGCUGGCGCGGUUCAUCGGGCAGCCAUUCUCACACGCCGAUGAGGCGGCCGGGAUACCAGCGGACAUCGUGAAGCUCUGCAGUUUUGAUAAGCUCAAAGGCCAAGGCGCCAACACGGCAGGCUCAUACGACGGGAAGGUUUUCAGUUUCGCACAUGAAACCUUCUUCAGGAAAGGGGUGGCCGGAGAUUGGGUGAACAAUAUUGACGCCCGAGAUGGCGCAACGCUUUGACACCAUCAUCGAGGAUACCCUUAGAGGGUCCGGCCUCACAUUCAAGUGAUCUCCAUCUGUUGCCAAGGGCGGUGGUGUUGGUUGGUGCUUUGUUGGUGUUGAUCGCUUCGACAUGACAUUUUUGUGUCAUCAUGGCUUUUGUUUUUGUUUCUCUUUCUUUCA